AUUACAAAUAAUCACCUGUUCAUCAACCGAACCUCUUUCAAAAGACUUUCUAGUUGUGAAGCUUUCACCUGUAGCAUAAACUAUACAUAAAAUAUACGUAAAGCUUAAAAAAGUUGUAAAGCACAAGAAAAAUAAUUUACAGAUACACAGGUCAUUGAUAUGAACCGCAUUACUCGCGCACUUCUAGGUUCGAUUCUUGUCAUUUUCUCCAGCCCAACACUGAACAGCGGCUCAUCUGGGUUAGAUGAGAGAGUCGGUCGCCCACAAACUCGACCUGUCUCCGGGAAACUUCUAGUGCGGGAUUCGUUCACAAACAGGAGGCAGGUGCCUGUCCUGCGGAUCCGUGGCAGACAACCUGCUGUGGUCCUACCUGGAGAGGAUUACCUGCCCAAAUUCAACCUGCUUUCAGACGUAUCUGUGUCUUGCUCGAGCACCGGUUUUGAGUUAAGGGUUAAGAAACGUUUCUACGGUUUCUCGGCCGUGUCGGAGGAGCUGACUCUCGGAGAAACCUGUAGAAGUAACGGCGUGCUCGAGCCGAACAGCGAGCUGCUCUUCACCUACGCGCUCACCGACUGCCAAGGAGAAAAACAGGUAUUUCCCGAUUAUGUGGUUUAUAAGUAUGUGCUUCGUUAUUUGCCCCGGGCCCGACCAGACCGAAACACUCGUCAUCGUCUGAGUGUCAAAGUGGGGGUGGAAUGCCGAUACACCAGAGAUGUUUUGAAGCCAACAUGGCAGACACCAUUGCGGAAAAUCAUCAGGGGGAGAUCUGGUGACGACUUCUCCAUUCAGCUGAUGGAUGACUCCUGGUCAUCUCCAGUCAGGUCUGCUGUGUUCAUGUUGGGCCAGAAGGUGAAUGUUCAACUCUCCACCCGACAUCAUUACACAGGCGUCAAACUGUUUAUCAACAACUGUUAUGCGGCCACAGUCAACACUAUGAGUCAGACAAACAAAUACAACAUCAUAGACAACUACGGGUGUUUGCGUGAAAGCCGGAUAAGUCCAGGUGCAGCAAGAUACCACUUUUCCAGGGAAGACAAUGUCGUUCUGUUCUCCUUUGGUGCUUUUCAGUUCAUUGAGUCACCAGAUGCUCAGGUCUCGCUGCAUUGUGAGCUGUCUGUUUCCGCCGGAGGUCCUAAUUCAAUGCUGAAGUCCUGUUUUUACAGCCAUGAGAACGCAAGAUGGAUCUCUUUGUUUGGUCCAGAUUCUGUCUGUGAUUGCUGCGAGUCAGUCUGUAAUCAGACCAAAACCAAACGAAUAACAUAUGAAGGAUCCGUAAGUAGUGAUGAAGUGCUCUUCUCUGACCCUGUAACGCCUCCAUCAUCUUUGAACUCUACUCUGAUAACUCCUAGAAAUGAAGAUGUGAUCUGGUUUAAAGCCAGUCUGGCCAAAGAGCCCCAGACGUCCCACACACAUGAAGAUUUUGUUGCCACUGUUACACUCAUAUCCUCAGAGGAGGACAAUGAAGAGCCUCAACACAAGUCUCAAGAUAAAGUGACGCUUGUGGAGGAGGAUGAGGAGAAACAUGGGGAUGUGGAAAUUUUGAUGUCAAUCAGUGAGAGCUUUGAGGGAUCGAAAAAAACAGAUUUAGACCUCACUGAGGAGUUUGAGGGCUCAUCUCUGGGAUGGCCUGAAGAAAGAAACAUGCAGGAUGUGAUUCAGCAUCCGAGUUUUUGGCCCAAAAAAGCUCAGAUGGAUGAAAAAGCCUUUCAGGAGCACAGAGGUCUCAUAAAGAUGCCCAGUAUGGUCACUGAAAUUAUGGGGGAAAGUUUGCAAAUAGAUGAGUCAGCAUUGGGUGAUGAGGUAUUGCCGGCUUAUUCCUCAAAAGAAAAGAACGAGGAAGAUGAAAAAAUGAAGGAAGGAUUUGGUUUCCUAUUAGCGGCUGUAUCUGAUGAGCUGGUGGAGCAGGGUGUUGUGAAGAAACUAGACUUUACACAUGAUUAUUAUUUUUCAGAUGGAGUUUGAAUGAAAACAUUUCAUUUUUUUGUUGAAUCAAAGAACCAGGCUAUGUUGAACAACAUUAUAUUUGUGUUUUUUAUAUAUAUAAUUUUUUUUUUUUUUUUGUGAAAAAUUAAAUGAAAUAAUCUGUU